AUGUCAGGGUCCCCCAAACAAGACCCUUACGCCGCUCCGCCCAUGGCCUCGACAAACAGCUUCUCCAUGGAUUCCUACCAGGGAGGAGCCAACAUGGGUCCAGCAACCAAACGAAAACGUGUCACCCGUGCCUGCGACUGCUGUCGUCAUAAAAAAGUGAAAUGUGACGGCAAACAGCCGUGUAUCCAUUGCACGGUGUACUCGUACAACUGCACCUAUGAUCAGCCCAAUGUACGGAACAAGAAGGCGCCUCCACCUUUGCCGCUGGAUCCCCAGCUGAAUCCGCUUUUGAAGCUGCUUCUGAUGAACCGCUCCCAGCUGAUGCCGAACUCGGUGCCGAAUUUGCAGCUAUGCCAGGGUUUGGUGCAGCUCUUGUUCCCCAAGUUGAACAUCAACUUGAUGGACGAUCUGCGCCUGCCGUUUGACUUGCCCAAAUUCCAGCGGAUUGUUGGGUACCUUCAACAGAAAAACCCGGCAAACAUCAAUGUCAGGGAUAUCUCGGAUCUCUACUUGGACGCUGCUACCCCAAACGCCUCCCCCAUCAACCAGCUAGAUCCGUACGUCUCCACCACCACACUGAACGACGACUCCAUUGGCGCAGAAAUCAAGAUAAUUUUGCCUCCAAAAGAAGUGGCGCUCCAGCUCAUAUUUACAACGUGGUCAAAGGCUUGUGUCUUGUUCAGGUUCUACCACAGACCGUCGCUACUUGAGGAGGUUGAUCUUCUUUACAGCAUGGACCCGCUCUACUACACAAACAGACAACAAAAGUUUUUGCCGUUCAUGUACUCAAUUUUGGCUUGCGGCUCGCUAUUCUCCCGUCUGCUGUAUACGAACAACCAGUCAGACCACUCUUUGGAGGACGAUGGGUUUAGGUAUUUCCUUGAGGCUCGGAAACUCAUCGAUAUCACCAACGUCGGCGACAUUCCCUCGAUUCAAACCAUUGUCAUGAUGAUCAUCUAUUUGCAGUGUCUGGCUCGUCUUUCCACCUGUUACUCGUACAUUGGUAUUGCAUUGAGAAGCGCAUUGAAGGAAGGUCUCCACAGAAACUUGUCCAUCUUUCAGUCCUCCAAAAGGAAGCUAGAUCCAAUUGAGGUCGACACGAGGAAGCGUCUUUUCUACACUAUCUACAAGAUGGACAUCUACAUCAACUCGCUUUUGGGUCUUUCUCAGUCGAUCAGCGAGGACGAGUACGAUCAGAACUUCCCCGUGGAGCUUGACGACGAGUUUAUUACCCGUGAUAGCUACCUCUUUGACAAACAGGAAGGUCGUCUUUCUUCUUCUGGCUGUGCAAACCACCACACCAAGCUUACGAUCAUUCUUUCCCACAUUGUCAAGGAGCUCUAUCCCAUCAAAAUCAAAUCGAAACUGCCGGAGCGUGUGGUCUCGGACAAAAUGCACGACAAGGUUACCGAGCUUGAGUUUGAGUUGAAACAAUGGCUUGAUAAUCUUCCUCCAGAGCUUAAACCAACAGAUCCAAGUGACCCUGAAAGCAGCAAGAAGAUUCCCGAGCGUUUCUUGCUCGCAAACUACUACCUUCAUUUACUGUUUUUGAACUGUCAAAACAACUUGUACCGUCCAUUCAUUCACUACAUCAGUAACGGCUACCAGGCGUCAAACUCAGAUCCUCGCUCCCUUAUCAGAGGCAGAAACUGUAUCAAGGUUGCUCGUAUGGUUGUCAAGCUUGCUAACAAAAUGAUCAACCAGAAGCUUUUGGUUGGAACCUACUGGUUCUCUAUGUACACGAUCUUCUUUUCCAUCGCUUGUUUGAUUUACUACUACCACUUUGCCAACUAUAACAACCAGCACAAGAACAACCAAGGAAUGAACUACGCGGGCGUUUUAUUCGAUGACGACUUGAAUAUCGAGAUGAUUAAGGAAGAUAUCGAGAUUGGGCGCAAGGUGUUGGACACUUUGAAGAACAUGUCUAAUGCCUCGCUCAGAAUCUACAACAUCUUGAACAACUUGUUUGAACAGUUGAACAGAAGAACGGCCGAUACUUCCAUGAAGACCAACUUCAGGAACAGCGCCUCUCUUGAAGCCAACGAUGAGAGUGUCCAACUUACUCUUCGAAACUUCGACGACAUCAAUGACUUCCGUGACGGUGUGCGCCCUGCUGUACCGAUGCUGGGAGAGUUUGGCCUUAUCGAUCUGACAAAGGACACCCUUUCGAACCAGUACACUGAGCUUUUCGAUCGGAGUGCUCGUAUGGCUGAAGAUGAAAAGGCUGAGGAGAGACAAGCACAAGCAAACUUACAACAAGACUUUGGAAACCAAUCUACCAAAGGUACUGAUGGUCGCAGCUACAGUGACUCCGGAAAGUCCGAGAACUACGAGAAUAACUAUGUUCCUGGUGUGAUGGAUCUGCUCGACACACAAAUUUUCGGCAGGAUACUUCCACCGUAUAUGCUUGAGGGCAACAAAAAACAGGCCGAGUCCCAGGGGAAUCAGACUGAAACAGACUAUUCAGAGGUGAAGCCAGAGGAGAUGAUGAACAACUUAGGCUUGGACGAGCUUGAGAAUCUUCCCUUCGGGUUUGCAGCUUCAUAUAACAAGAAGCCUAACCACAAUAACAAACCAUACAAAAACCACAAAUCCAACGAUAGAGAUAGAAAGAAGACAAAGGUUGUGAGGUUCAAUUUCGAUUCCGGCAGUGACCAGGCCAGGCUUGCUGUCAAGGAUAUCAUCAAACAGGUCCAUGGUUUGAGUCCAUCAUACAAAGUUCAGGUUUUCGACCCACAAACGAAGCAUUUGACGGUUACAAAUCUCAGCACAAUCGUCAAUCUGAUGGACUUUCGUCAGGACGGUAUUAGCAUGUUUGUCAGUAAGCAGGACAAAGGAGGACAGCUGCUGUUUCCUAUCAUCAAGAAGGUUCCGAUCCAGGAGAUGCUUCGAACAUUUUCUGAUAUGCUAGCUGCUAGAAAGCAGGAAGAGCUCUUGCAGUUGGGCAGUGCAUCUGCUAGAAGAGCAGCCAAUCAGAAACAACAAGCGGAACGGAAAAAACUGGCCUUGAAGAUUGUACCGCUUUCGUGGUCCAUCAAUAACCAGGAUUUGGCAAACCAGAAAUACAACGAAAUCGCUAGACGUGUCAAAAAACAGGAUAAGUUUUUCAUUUACCUCGGCGACAAGCAUUCUUUGUUCAAGUCCAAGAAGCUCAGUGAGGAAGACAGACUCAUGGAUCUGUUGAGUGGAACCACCACCAUCAGAAACGUUGAAGACGAGGCGUUAGAGAUAGAGCUUCGCAAACGUGAGAAGGUGGUGGAAAAGGUAAGGGAUAUUUUGGUGGAGCUUGAUUGCCCUUUUGAGGAAUCAGGAAGUGUUGAUGCUAGGGCAGCCUUUAACUGCUCGCCGAAAAAGGUAGCUCAAACUGCGACCCUGGAAGCAGAGGAGGUUUCCGAGAGGGAUCUCAAAAAACAAAGACGUUUGGAGAAGGAGCAGGAGAAGAAAGCUAAGCAGCAGAAGCCAAAGGUGGCAGAUGACGACCUCGACUCUCUCUACCUGUUCAAGCUAGAUGAUUAG